CCGACAGAUAAGCACAUAAUGGAAGAAAAAAUGACAAAACCAAAAGUGUCUCAAGAAGACGUAAAAGAAAUAUUGCAUUCACACUAUGACAUUAAACCGCUGGAAAUCGUGGAGCUAAACGCUUAUGACGACCGCAACUACUGGAUAAAGAGAUCCGUUGACGGAGACUCAGAUUGUGUCUUGAAAGUCACAAAUAAUAUCGAUUCAAAGUGCUUGGAUAUGAUAAAAGCUCAAACGAAUCUACUGAAGUAUGUCUCCGAAAGGGGCUUCAAGUGCCCUGAGCCACUUCCAACUGCCGAGGGAGAACUUUUCUUCACCCGUAAAUUUCACGGAACCACUCAUGUUGUGCGUCUUUUUAAAUUUGUCAAUGGAAUCGUGCUAGAUAAAGCACCAAAACUGAAUGAAUUGUAUUUCAAUGUUGGUCGAGAAAUAGGUCGAUUAAAUGAGUCGAUGCAAAACUUUGAUGAUACCGCGACAUAUAAAAAACAUUCACACAAGUGGAUGCUCGAAAAAUGUGGCACAAUAAGAGAUGUGAUAGACGUUAUUGAGAAUUCCAAAAGGAAAUUAAUGGUGGAAAAAGUUUUGAGAUCUUUCGAGACGCGUGUUCUAUCGAAACGUUCGGAUUUCCGCCAAGGUUUGAUCCAUGGAGACUUUAACGAGAAUAACAUUAUAGUACAAAAAAUUAACAAUGAACAAUACAAGCUUGAAGGUGUCAUUGAUUUCGGCGAUGUCAAUUACUCAUUUGCUAUUUUUGAUUUGGCCAUUACCAUCACCUACAUGCUCAUUCAUUCGGGACAAAUUGAAACGGGCGCCUUUGUGCUUGCAGGAUAUAAAGAUGUAAGGAAAGACUUGACAGACGCGGAAAAAAGUAUCCUCAAUAUUUGCGUUCAAGCGAGACUGUGUCAGAGCUUGGUGAAUGGCCUUUAUGCGUACUCGCAGGACCCGGGAAAUGAGUAUGUGCUCUCGUCUCAGAAAACCGGUUGGGAUAUUCUAGAAAAGUUGUACGCCAUGGACGAUGAUAAAGUGCUCCGAAUGUGGGAUUCUAAAAAUUAA